CAAAGACAUACACUAUAUUGCCAAAAGUAUUGGAACACCCCUCAAAAUCAUUGGAUUCAGGUGUUCCAAUCACCUCCAUGGCUAGAGGUGUAUAAAAUCAAGCACCUAGGCAUGCAGACUGAUUCUACAAACAUUUGUGAAAGAAUGGGUUGCUCUCAGGAGCUCAGUGAAUUGAACAGUGGUACCGUGAUAGGUUGCCACCUGUGCAAUAAGCCCAUCCGUGAAAUUUCCUUGCUACUAAAUAUUCCACGGUUAACUGUUAGUGAUAUUAUAAAAAAGUGGAAGCAGUUAGGAACAACAGCAACCCAGCCACGAAGUGGUACGCCACGUAAAAUAACAGAGCAGGGUCAGCGCAUGCUGAAGCGUACAGUGCACAGAAGUCACCAACUGACUGCAGAGUCAAUAGCUAAAGACCUCCAAACUUCAUGUGGCCUUCAGAUUAGCACAAGAACAGUGCAUAUAGAGCUUCAUGGAAUGGGUUUCCAAUGCAGAGCAGCUGCAUCCAAGCCUUACAUCACCUGAUGCAUUGAUGAUCAUCAAUGAUGCAGUGGUGUAAAGCAUGCCACCACUGGACUAUAG